UUAUCAAGCAAAGUAAAACCCCAAUUUCAGUUGGCAAACACAAGAUUCACGAUAUUGUUUCUGAAAAAUUAGGGUUCAUUGCAAGAGACGAAGGAAUACCCAAAUGUUUCUUAGAAAUUAGGUAUUUAGUAACUGAAAAAUAUGGAACGAGGGGUUACGAAGAAGUCGGCAUUAGUUCCUGCAGCAGAAGAAGAACUUCGAACGAUAUUAGAGGUAGUUCCUGCAACAGAUGAAAUUCAAAAGGAAAAAUAUGCAGAGACUUAUGACCUUAUAUUCAGUUUCAAAGAAGAAGACAAAAUUAUAAGUAGGGUUUCCCAUGUCAGAUAUUCUUAUUUUCAGUUAUUGGAGGAUAGUCAUAGACUUUUUUCAAUUGAAAGUGACUUUAUUUAUGCUUAUCAUGGUAAUGGCAUUCGUAUAACCGGUGACGACGACAUAGAUAAUAUGUUUAUUAGCUAUAAGAAAGAAGGUAUUGUGCCCAUUAGGUUGUAUGAAAGGGAUAUAACUGUAGUAGAUGUUACGGUGUAGCAUAAGGUAUUACUCAUGAAGAACUUAUAGCAGAGGAUAUAACGAAUGAAGAAAUUUUAGCUGAUGUAGUACAAAGAGAGACAGAUAUCAUAUCACAAGCAGAACUUAUAGAACAAGCAGAACUCAUAGCACAAGAAGAACUCGUAGCAGAAGCAGAGCUCAUGGGUAGAAGUUUGUCACAUGGUAGAGUGGCAGCGAGGGGUAGAGGGGCAGCGAGAGGUAUAGGGGCAGCGAGGGGUAGAGGGGCAGCGAGGAAUGUGCCUAGAAGUUGCACAAUACUUAGGCCUACAGAAGUUCAUUCUGACGAUGAUGAUAAUAAUCCUGCUAAUGAGUUCCAAUUUUCUGAUAGUGAUGACAAUGACUGGUUGAUUGAAGAUGAAGUACAUACAAGUGACAGUGACACUGGGAGUUCUGCUAGUGAAGUUAGUGUGGCUGUAGGUACAGAGACAACCGAUGAAGAAGAACAAUUAAGUGACCAUCAGUUGAGUGAUGAUCAAUUUAGUGAUGUUGGUGAAGGAGAUUUAGAGAAGAGUUCAUCUUCUGAAGAUGAACCAGAAAACAGGAGUAAAAGAAAAAGAAAAGUGAAGGAUCCCAUAAAAGGGAUAUAUAGCAUACCCUACAUUUUUUAAGAGGGAACUGAUAUUAAAUUUGAAAAAGGGCACACCUUCAAAAGUAUACAGGAUUUUAGGGAUGUUUUGGCUGAUUAUAGCAUAAAGGGUGGUUACCUUAUUAAGAAGAAGAGAAAUGAUAGAAGAAGAGUUACUGCAGAAUGUGAAGGGGUUGGCUGCAAGUGGAGGAUUCAUGCAUCACUUACACCGGAUGGAGUAACAUUCAUGGUUAAAACAAUUAGAGGGGAGCAUAGUUGCAUUAGAGCAGUAGAUAACAAAUCUAGUUUUGUGAACUCAAGGUGGGUAUCCAACAAAUUACAUGACAGCUUGUAUGUAGACCCUGAAAUGAGCUAUGAUUUGAUGAGUGAUGGAUUGAAGGAUUGGGGUGUGGAUCCACCACAAUGGCUAUUAUAUAGAGCCAAAUGUAGAUCUAGAGCACUAAGUGAGGGUGCCCAUUCUGAAAGCUAUGCUAAAUUGCCCAAAUACAUUGAGUCAUUGAUGAAGUUUAAUCCUGGAACAGUUUGCAAGUUUGAGUAUGAACAUAGAAACAACCUAGAUGACAAUCCAGUUUUCAAGAAUUUGUUUAUUUGCAUUCAUGCAUUGAAAGAAGGUUUUGUGAAAGGUUGUAGACCUUUCAUAGGAUUGGAUGGAUGUCAUCUUAAGGGUCCAUUUGGUGGAAUUCUCUUAGUAGCUGUUUCUGUUGAUGGAAAUAGGGGCAUUCUUCCUUUGGCUUUUGCAAUAGUGGAAUCUGAAUGCAAGAAAACCUGGGAAUUUUUCUUAGAGCUGUUGAGGGAUGAUUUCUGGGCUUCCCAUCGUUGGCUUUGAAGGAUGAUUUCUGGGCUGCUUCGUUUGCCACCCAUGGUUUUGCUUUUUGGCAAGUAAUGAAGAGGAUAAAGACUCACAAUGAGGGAAAACCAUAUGCUUGGUUGUUGGAUAAGACUUUAUCUGAAUGGUCAAGACAUUUGUUCCACCCAGCAGCAAAGAGUGAUCAUUGCACAAACAAUAUGACCGAGUCGUUCAAUAGUUGGAUCAAUAAGAUUAGAGGUAUGCCUAUUUGCAAAAUGAUUGAUUCAAUUAGACAAAAGUGCAUGGUUAGAAUGCAUAAAAGGUAUGCAAAAGCAUCAACUUGGGAGGGCAGAGUUACACCAUUGGUUAGGAUAACUAUCAUCAACCUAAUAAGGGAGAGUAGAUACUGUAAAAUGUUUCCGGGACGGAAUGAUGAAUUUGAGGUUAUUGAGGGAAAAUGUAGGUUUGUUGUGAAGUUAGGAGAAAACAAAUGUUCUUGUCUAUGGUGGGACAGGAGUGGCAUACCUUGUAAGCAUGCCAUGGUUUGUAUUGGUUAUAAAAGGGGGGAUGUUGAGAGCUAUUGUGAUGAAUAUUUCACGGUGGAAAAGUACCUAGCAACCUACAAUCCUACAUUGCGUCCAUUCCCUCACAAUGAUAUGGAAGAAGAUGACACCCCUGUUAAUCGGAAGUUAUUACCUUCUCAUUUGAAGCGUCAACCAGGAAGGCCAAGAAAGGCAAGAAAUAAACAAGAUGGAGAAACGCCAGCUGGUGGUAGGAUUAAAAGAUCCUCUACAGUUAGGUGCAAAAUUUGUAAACAGCUUGGACACAACAAAAGGACUUGCGGUAGAGGUCCAACAAUGGCGGAAAUUAGAAGUGCUAGAAUGGAUGAAGCACCAAGCUCCUCUCAUGUGCAAUCACCUGCAAGAGGGAGAGGAAGAGGCGGAAGCAGAGGCCGAGGUGGCGGGCGCAGAAGACGAGGAGGCGGGCAAAGAGGCAGAUGUGGAAUUGGUGGAUCAACUUCUGAAGCACAAGCUUAGUUAUAAGGCUGUUUUUAUUUCAACGAAACACCUGGAACUUAUUUUGCAUUUCAUCAAGCAUAGUUUAUAGGUCUUUUUGGUUUUGAUGAUAACCUGAAACUAAUUUUGCAUAUCAUCAGGCAUUAGUGAGCUUAAUAAAUUUUUGAAAUUGCUCAUGGUUAUAGGUGGUUAAUUAAGGCCUUUUUGUACAUUUCUUUAGUUUGAGAGAAGUAUUGUAAAGAUAAAAUUACAGGUUAUCUAAACAAGCUAUUUGUCAAUGAAAAAUUGGGUACAUGAUGCUCUAUAAA